AUGGGCGUCAUUUCCGCGAUCUUCUUGAUCUUCGUCACUCUUUUCUUCCCGCCUAUCGGCGUCUUCUGCGUCGCUGGAUGCGGUCCCGAUCUCCUAAUCAACAUCCUCCUGACACUUCUCGGAUAUUUCCCAGGCCAUAUCCACGCCUUCUACGUCGAAUACAUCUACUACGAGCGUCGCGAACAGGCGCGCACAGGCUGCUUUACGGCAUCACGAGCACCCGGCGUUUAUAGCGAGCGCGUACAGAGCGGUGGGCAGAAUUAUGGCACGAUUGUCCAGCCUGUUACUUAG